AUGAAUAACCAGGGGUUUGUACCUAAUUCCAGGCCACCGAUAGGUGCAGCUGCUGGCGGGAAUCAGAUAACACAGCAGGACCGAGUCCAAUUUGUGAACUUCAUUGUUGCGUCUAUCGCCAAAAUACAGGGCACAAAUUUCUCACUCCAGCGAACAAAGCCUGUCGCGGAAGAGUACGAGAAGUUUGCGUUCAGCAACUCCUCUAACAAAAGGGAAUACGUUGACUACUUGAAAAGCAAGAUCGCUAGCAUCAACCAGUCUCGCCAGAACGCCAUGCAGAGACAGCAACAACAGCAACAACAGCAGACCCAACAGACUCAGCAGCCCCAACAAGCGCAGCCCCAGAUGGCCCGGCCCACCUCACAACCACAGAAAAUCGACAUUCAAAACAUUCCUAUACCGCCAUCGCUACUUGCUAAGCUCCCACCACUUUUCCCGCAAGGAUAUAACACAUGGGCCAUGAUUAUGCCUUUUUUUAGGCAGAAGCAAAUGUCGCCGCAUGACAUGCAACUGAUCAAAGAAGUGUAUACCAUGCACACGCAAUUGAUUCGUGCGAAACAACAGCAGGAGUUUUCGCAGAUGCACAACGCGAUGCCGGGUGCCCAGGUCAACCAAGGCAUGUCUGCCGGCAAACAGAACGCUCCAAACCCGCAGCAGGUUCUGAUGUUGCAAAGACAACAACAGAUGAAGCAGUCCAUGAUGCAGCAGCAGCAGCCUAUGGUUACGCAGCAGCAACAGCAACAGCAGCAGCCACAGCAGCCGCAACAACCUCAACAACCACAACAACCGCAACAGCCAACUGGAAUGCGUCCGGCUAUAACUCCGGAACAGCUCGAAAGCUAUAAAAACCAAGCAUUGCAAGUGAUCAAAAACCUCCAGGCUUCCAACAAGCUGCCUCCCAACCUAACACCUGAGCAAGAGAAUACAUACGUCAAACGGUAUCUGUUCCACCUGUUGAACAAUGCGAGACAGCAGCCUAAGGUCCCGGUCACUCAGAAUGGGAUGCCAGUUCAGAACCAAGUGGUGCCGCAAAGCCGACCACAACAGAAUGUCCCGAUAAACAAACAGCAGAUUCCGAUUCAGCAGCAGCAAAAUAUGAUGAUGCAGAUGCAACAAAACCAUAUGAAGGCGGCGUCUCAGGGCCAGUUCAACCCGAUGUCCGCCCAAUCGCAACCUGCAUUGCAGGCCAUGCCCCAGAGCCAGCCUCAGCAACUGCCAACCAAUCAGAACCAGAACGGCCGCACGAGUCAGAGUGGACAACAGUUUGGAAAUCGUAUGCCUGGUCAGCCUCUACCUCAGGGCCAGAAACCGGCAAUGCAGCCUGGAGGCACUGGUCCUCGUUUAUUCACGGGCGUGCAAGCAACGGAGGAGGACUGGAGACGGCUCAAGGCUAUUUACCAGGAGGUUGCAGCAACGCCUAUUAAUCUCAAAGACCUAACGGACGAAAUAUCCGAGCAAGAGAAGCAGCAGAUUAUCAAGACAAUCAAGCAGUCUCAGCAGCUCGUCCUUAUAUCAGAGACAAUUAUCAUUCCUAAUUUCUACAUGAUGACCAAGAGUUACGAGGGUACAAAAAAAUUGAUGUACAGUCAACUGAUGAUCAAACAGGUACUAGAACGACUAAAGAACGGCGGCCGCUUCUAUGCUAAUUACGAUUUACUCACAAAGGUGCAAACGCAAAUCACUAGGUUCCUUGCGUAUGUGAAGGAGCAAAACUCUAAAAUGCUCAAGGGCCAGCAACAGCAGCACUCUGUUUCCGUCCCAAAUGCCAUGUCGCAGCCAGGCAUGGUGCCCCCUCAGAACCGCUAUAUGAUGCAACAGCAGCCUGGAAUGAAUAUGUCCACCUCUGCUUCACCUAUCAUGCCUCGUGUCAAUACACCUCAGCAGCAGUUUAUGCAGCAUCCAUCCAUGAACAUGAAUGCUGGCCCAGUUCCUCAACAGUUCCAGCAGCUUUCUGAGCAGCGGCAGAUGCCUAUGAUGGGGCAGGGUGCUGUUUCUGGCAAGAUACCACCGCAGUUUAUUCCUGGGCCUCCUGGGGGCAUGAUCCCUAACCAACAGCCGACGUCUGCCCCAGUGGUGGCAGCUGCUAAGAAGCAGCCUGUUCGGAAGAAGCCUGUCAAGCCUGCAGCCAGUUCUGCUCCUACGCCAAAGAAUAAGACCAUUCCCCUUACUCAACCAGGCGCUGUUCCUGCGUCGAUAGGUUUGAGCUCGGCUCCGUCCGGUUCUGCUGCAAAUGGGGCCCUGUCCCCUGAGGUGCAGUCGAUAAUGAAGGAGGCUACCGAAAUGAUCGGCAAGGAGGAGUCCAAGCUGCGUGCCAUUGAUCAGCAAAGAAACAGGCGUCGUGAGCUAGCAAGCGUGGAUCCUGCGCGCUAUGUGCUUGCUGUUCUCGCCGAUACGCUUAACUUGCCAGAGGAGGAGAGCAAGAUCUUUGAAAUGGCCAAGUCUUCGUCGUCGAAGAGCCGGACCCUGAGCAGCAAUGCGGCACAGGGUAACAAGGUGCUUACUCCUUCCGCCAUUUUGACUACACCUCUUCCAUUUAAUGUGAAGACUCCGACUUCGUUCAAGUACUACGGCUCUGCCAUCACUCCGGCUAGCUACAAGGGUGGACAUUGGCAGGGCAAGGUGAACGCCACUGUGAUUGCUGGGGUUUUCAAAGAGGUAUUCUCGAUGAUUCCUAAGGAAAGGCGUGAGAGCAGCCGCAACAAUCUGGGCACCGGUCUUCUUGGUGACCUAAGUUCUUCCGUGUAUCCUACGCCUCCUGAUGAGGAGAUUCAAGGCAAGCGGAAGAUCGAGGAUGUUGAGAUUGAGAGAAAGAAGGUGAAAGUUAGCAGCGGCCCCAAUGACCUGGACGACCUGGAUAAUCUGUGGAACUUUGAUGGGUGGUGA